AUGUCUGUGCAACUACUGAACCCCAAGGCCGAGUCCCUGCGACGGCAGCAGGCGCUUCAGGUCAACAUUGCCGCCGCAGAGGGUCUUCAGAGCGUUCUUUGCAGCAAUCUGGGUCCCAAGGGCACCAUCAAAAUGCUUGUUGAUGGAGCAGGAGGAAUCAAGCUCACCAAGGACGGAAAGGUGCUUCUGUCCGAGAUGCAGAUCCAGAACCCCACCGCCGUACUGAUUGCCCGAGCCGCCACUGCACAGGACGACAUUACCGGUGACGGUACGACAUCGGUUGUCCUUUACGUUGGAGAGAUGCUUCGACAGGCCGAGCGGUUCGUCACUGAGAUGCAUCCCCGAGUCAUUGCUGAGGGCUUUGAGAUUGCUCGAAAGGAGGCCCUUUCCUUCCUCGACACCUUCAAGAUCAACAAGGCCGGCAGCGUCGACCGAGAGCUGCUUCUGGCGGUCGCUCGAUCUUCCCUCGCCACCAAAGUGAACCCCACUCUAGUGGCGCGUCUGGCUCCCGUCGUCACCGAUGCCGUUCUGGCAGUUGGAGACGAUCUGCACAUGGUUGAGAUCAUGAAGCAGCAGCGACCCGACGACACUCGGCUGAUCCGAGGUCUGGUUCUGGAUCAUGGUCCCCGACACCCCGACAUGCCCAAGAGAGUCGAGAACGCGUUUGUGCUCACUCUCAACGUGUCUCUAGAGUACGAGAAGUCCGAGGUCAACGCCGGCUUCUUCUACUCCACUGCUGAGGAGCGAGAGAAGCUGGUGCAGUCCGAGCGACAGUUUGUGGACGACAAGGUCAAGAAGAUUGUCGAACUCAAGCGGGAAGUGUGUGCCAACGGCGAGGGCUUUGUUAUUGUCAACCAGAAGGGUAUUGAUCCUCUGUCUCUGGACAUUCUGGCCAAGAACGGCAUUUUUGCCCUGAGACGAGCAAAGCGACGAAACAUGGAGCGUCUGCAGCUCGUGUGUGGAGGAGAGGCCCAGAACUCGGUUGAGGAUCUGCGUCCCGAUAUUCUGGGAUGGGCCGGUCUGGUCUACGAGGAGACCAUUGGCGAGGAGAAGUACACCUACAUUGAGGAGGUCAAGGACCCCCGGUCGGUGACCAUUCUGAUCCGAGCCCCCAACUCUCACAGCAUUGCCCAGACCUCCGAUGCGGUGCGAGACGGUCUCCGAGCUGUGGCCAACUGCCGAACCGACCAGGCUGUUGUUCCUGGUGCCGGCGCAUUCCAGCUCGCUCUGCACCAGCAUCUCAUCAAGUUCGCGCGAAGCACCAAGGGUAAGGCCAAGUACGGAAUCACAGCCUUUGCCGAGGCCAUGCUGAUUAUCCCCAAGACUCUGGCUUCUAACGCCGGCUACGACGCUCUUGACAUGAUUACCGAGUGCCAGGACGAGAUUGCCGAGGGCCAUCUUGUGGGUUUGGAUCUGACCACCGGCGAGCCCAUGGACCCCACGGUUGAGGGUGUCUACGACUCGUUCCGGGUGAUCCGAAACAGCAUUGCCAGUGCCACUGGUAUUGCCACCAACCUGCUGCUGUGCGACGAGCUGCUCAAGGCUGGUCGAUCUUCGUUGAAGCAGCAGUAA